AUGUCCAACUCACCCACCUUUGACCCGAUGCUCGACCCUCCAGCCCCAAUAAUUGAUGGUACUGAUCAGCCUCCCUCAUUCUGGGCGCACAGCGCCAGAAAUCCGAUGUGGCAACGUGCUCGACCCCUCCCGCUUCUUCGAGAGCCCACGCUUGCAUCAGUGAGGGCACAGUCUUCCAAACGAUGGCCAUGGGAAGGCCCCAGCUUCGAUCACUUUCUGUCGACCAAAAAGGAGAACUGUGAAGCGCUACUGGCCCAAGCAACGGGCGAACUUAUCGAGGGAGCUACGGCAUGCACCCGCUGCCGGUAUCAACGGGGGAUGUUCGAUGGGUGUGUCCGGGUCCAUGGGCGUGCCAACUGCCCUAACUGCCAUAUCGGUGCCCACUAUGAUAAAUGCAGCCUCACAGGACCUAUACCGACUACGCCAACAGCACCAACAACAGCGGCCCCGCAGGAUUUAAUUCCAUCGCUAAACGGCAGAAGCCUCCAGCAGCUCCUUGAAAAGGCUAGGAGUGAACAGGCUGACCUCCAAGCAGUCAUUGACUAG